UGUCUUUACUGUACUUUCCUUUUCCUCUGAAUGGUUGUAUUUCUACCAUUGUUUGAACUACAUUGUACCCUUCUCUCUCUUCUCUCUUAUCUUUUCUCUCUUCUCUCUUCAACAGAGACAGAGGCAGAAGAUGGUGGAAAAAACGACAACAUAGGCAACAUGAAACCCAUCCUCUAGUCCUCCUCAAAAUUCCCGAACUACUCAUUUACUCCUACUUCUACUUCUCAUCAACAACGUUAAAGUUGUCAACUUUUACCCGCAUUCCAAUUAUGGCUGCUAAAUUUACUUGCAUCAGAGUUAUCACCGCCGCCAUUCUCUUGAUUCUCCUCCCGGCGACUAUUUUCUCCGACCUUUCUUCCGAUCGGGCAGCUCUUUUAGCCCUCCGCUCCGCCUUGGGCGGUCGCUCAGCUUUAUGGAAUGUCUCAGAACCCAAUAUUUGUUUGUGGGCCGGUGUUACUUGCUCCUCCAACCACUCCACCGUUAUCGAGCUCCAUCUCCCCGCUGUGGGACUCUCCGGCUCCGUUCCGCCCAACACAGUCUCCAAUCUCACCAAUUUACAAACGCUAAGCAUGCGUUUCAACUCUUUAUCCGGUCCUCUGCCUUCUGAUCUCAGCAGACUAUCUGAUCUUCGGAACCUUUAUCUUCAGCACAAUUUCUUUAGUGGGCCGAUUCCUGAUUCUCUCUCCACUCUAGCUAAUCUUGUUCGGUUAAAUCUUGCUGACAAUAACUUUUCAGGGCCUAUUCCGACUUCUUUUGAAAAUUUGACUCGUUUGGCGACUCUUUACCUGGAAAAAAAUAAUCUUUCAGGGCCAAUUCCUGAUUUGAAUUUACCUGGUUUAGUUCAGUUUAAUGUGUCUAACAAUCAGUUAACUGGUCCUAUACCAAAAGGGAUUGCGGAAAAGAAUCCCAAGAGUGCAUUUGAGGGGAAUCCGCUUUGCGGGCAGCCCCUGAAUGAUCUUUGUGAUAAUGGGGUAGGACAUUCGACUAAGAAGAAAGGGAAAGGUUUAUCAGGGGGUGCAAUUGCUGGGAUUGUGAUCGGUUGUGUGGUUGGACUGUUGCUAAUUGUUUUGAUCUUGUUGUUUUUGUGUAGAAAGAGGCGUGAAAAAGGUGGGGUUCGAUCCAAGGUUGAAGGUGGGACGAAGCAGAGUGACGUUGAGAUGGCGCGCGAAAAACCAGGAGAGGGUGUAGAGAAAGAUGGAGUGGGAGGUGGAUUCGCGGCGAUGAGUGCCAAAAUGAAGGAGAAGGAGAAGGGGGAGGCUGGAGGGAAGAGCUUGGUGUUCUUUGGGAAAGUUGGGAGGGGAUUUGAUUUGGAGGAUUUAUUAAAGGCAUCUGCUGAGGUUUUGGGGAAGGGAACAUUUGGGACGGCAUAUAAGGCAGGGUUAGAGACAGGGAUUACAGUGGCUGUGAAGAGGUUGAGGGAUGUGAGUGUGAGUGAGAAGGAAUUCAGGGAGAAGAUCGAGGUAAUAGGGAAGAUGAAUCAUGUAAAUUUGGUGCCUUUGCUGGCUUAUUACUAUAGCAGGGAUGAGAAGCUUCUUGUUUAUGAUUACUUGCCAAUGGGAAGCUUGUCUGCACUUUUACAUGGCAAUAAAGGAGCUGGUAGAACACCAUUAAAUUGGGAAACAAGGGCCGCCAUUGCUCUUGGAGCUGCCCGAGGGAUCACAUACCUCCAUUCUCAGGGCCCAUCAAUUUCACAUGGCAACAUCAAGUCUUCAAAUAUCCUCCUCACCACUACCUAUGAAGCUCGUGUUUCAGAUUUUGGCCUUGCUCAGCUUGUUAGUCCCAACCCUACCCCUAAUCGUGUUGCUGGCUACCGGGCACCGGAAGUUACAGAUCCUCGUAAAAUCUCUCAGAAAGCAGAUGUCUAUAGUUUUGGUGUAUUGCUAUUGGAACUUCUGACCGGUAAGGCUCCAACUCAUUCACUAAUGAACGAGGAGGGCGUUGACCUCCCAAGAUGGGUGCAAUCAGUUGUUCGAGAAGAAUGGACAGCUGAAGUCUUCGAUCUUGAACUCCUAAGAUAUCAAAGUGUUGAGGAGGAUAUGGUGCAGCUCUUGCAACUUGCAGUUGACUGCACCGCUCAGUAUCCUGAUAAACGCCCUUCAAUGGUAGAAGUCAGCAGUCGAAUUGAGGAAAUUCACCGUUCUAGCUUACAGGAUCCAGCGGCCGACAUUAUCGACGAAACAGAAGAGAAGCAAGCGUAGUUUUUUUUCUUUGAAUCAAAGCAAAAUUUCUCUUGGUUACUGGUUCUUUGAUUGUUAGAUACUACUUGAUUUUAUUGUUGAUUCUUGGAGUUCUUUCAGUGAGUUCAAUUGUGCAUCUUCUCCCACCCCUUCCUACAGAGCCAGUUUUCUUUUUUCGGUUAGUCGUCUUGUAUUUUUGUUUGAUAUCUGUUUUGGGAUUUAGACAGUAUUCUUUUUUAUUAGCAUCAACUGUACAAUAAAUGUCAAAUUUCUUUUUUUUUU